UUCGACUUUUCUGAGUGAAUGUAAGAGACGACGGCUAAGCAAAGCGGAAUAUAGCCCGAAAAAUCAAACUGUGAGCGGGAACAAGCCAACGAGAAUCCCGCCGAACGGUACUUCCGUUGACUUUAACUUAAAACUGCCGCCGCCAUAACUGUGAGUAAACGUCAACAUGGUCUCGGUUUCCUGAGCUUUAUUCAAAGCUGGUGAGCAGAUGUUGUGGCGGUUUAGUGGAGACACGGUUCAGGACUUCAAUCAUGCCCCGACCUCCUCGAAACCAGUUGUCUCCAUGGAUAGAGAAGCUGAUCCUGAGCUACAGCAGCCGGGAGGAGGAGGAGGAGGGGAGGGGCGGGCGGCUGAAGGCUCACGUCGUCGGUGUGGGUGAGAUGUCUCAGUCUCAGGCUCAGAACUCUGACGGCCUCACUGGGCUCCUCUUCCUGUCGGACGGUUUCCUCCAGAUCCCCGCCGUCCUCACCGCAGCGGCCUGGGAGCGUCUGCAGGAGCAGGAGGACCGUGAGUGUUUAGCCAGCCUCCUCAACGCCACCGCGUGCAUCCACGACUACCAGCUCCGGUUCCACAUGGCGUCCGAACAGACCAGGUGCCGCUUCUUCCUCUCGGUGGGAGAGCUCGCCACGACCGCCGCCGGUCCGGUCAGAGACAACACGCCGUGCUGCACGACCGCGUCCUCUGUGCGGCUGAAGAUCUGCGAGACGUGGCGGGCGCUACUGAGUGAGGAGGCGGAGCCAGAAUCUCAGAGGAGUCAGUGUGGGUUUGAUCUGUCCGAGCUGCUCGGCGAGUGGCAGCACGACUGUGUCCAGGCCGUGCUGGACGACGUGCGGGACAGGCUGGCGGCGGCAGGUGGGGGCUCUGUGAGCCCGCAGCCCUCCACCUCCUCGUACGCGCCACUGCUGACUCUCGCCGCCACGGGCUGGGACGUGGACAGGCUCAGAUUUAAAGGAGCGGAGCGCUUCACUGUCCCCGUGAAGUAUCUCCUCAUCCCAGAGGACGGAGCUCGGCAGCCGCGGACGUCGUCGCACACCAUGGACACACGCACACAUUCAAGUCCAGAACCCGCGCCGCUGUCCGUAGAUGACGCAGCGCGGCGAAUACCUGCACCGGCAGCUGCAGAGAGACUCUGCGGUGCAGACGAGAUCCCGCCUCUUCCUGUGGACGACGUGACGCGGCACGUGAUUGAGAGCGAUGUCACGCUUUUGUCAAACCCCUGGGACAUUUUCCCCCCACCGUGCACAUCCUCCUCCUCUGAGGCAUCACCAGACGCCACGACAACAAAUGCUGAAGCUAAAUCCAGACCCGGUCACGCCGUCACAGCAACCGGCACUCGGCUUCCUGUCCACAUCACCAAGGAAUCCCAGCCGACGUCAGCGCAGAGCACAGACUUUAGCGACUUCCCGCCGCACCUGAAACCACCACAUUCCACCGGCGCCGUCUCCACGCCUGCUUCUUUGGCGUUGCCUUUCGUGAGUCCACCGGAACCCGCGGAGGUGUCGCCCCCUGCAGGCAAACACAAGCCUUCUGCUUCAGACCAGGAGACGUGUGAGAAGGAGACCACACACAGAAAGGCGAAGAGGAAGAGAAGCGAGGCUGCAGCUGAAGCUCAGACCAGCGUGGAGCCGCCAUCUUGGCUCUUUGACACGCAGGCAGGCUCAGAAGACGGCAGCAGCCACAGAAACGGCCAAAGUGUGAGCAGCAUGUGGAGGACAACUCCCAGCAUGCACAGCAGUGGCAGACCGUUCUCCUACACGUACCAGAUGACCGGACAGAACCUGCAGGACUUCAGUGGCUUCACGGUGUCCGAGUCUUUGCUGCACUGGGCCGUCAAAUAUCUGCUUCCAAAGCAGGAGCCGGUGACCUCUGACCCCGGUCGAGGUCACGUCACUGUGGGCUCAACGGGUUAAAACAAAAGUGUGCCAGAGUUCCAGCGUUCUGACUGUUUCUGAUGAGUCAUGUUUACGUUAGUCUUUGUAAAAAACAAAAUGUAAAGAGUGUCACUGAAGUGGAAUCUAAAUAAAACAAAGUUCAGGUUUUA